AUGACUCUGUCCUCUGUCAGGGGACCGAUCACAAUUGCCCUUCGUCCCUUGUUCUUAGCGACGGUCUUACCGCAGGAGAACUCCUGCAUCAAGGAAGCAAAAGCAAACCGCGGGACUGCAGUGUCGUUCCACCCCCUUUUCCUCGUCAUGCAAUCGAACACCUAUCGUUUUGUCGAUAAAGACGAUGCAAUGGUUGUCGCACUUCGCUCUUCUGUUCACAACCUCAGGCCGCUCGAAGAUGUAACGUUGACCGUUAUCAAGCCUGUAUGUGAACCCGAGGCCACUCGACAAGUAGUAAAAUGCCGUUUCUGA